UCCCCUAAAAAAUUCUCCAAAAUGGAGCCGUCUCUGCCCCUAGCAACGCUUACGCUAAAAAGCUCAAAGCUGAAAAACAAGGUUUUCAUUAUUUUCAUUUCUAUGGUGUUAUGCACAGCCUUGCUGGCCCUGCUGCAGCUCAAGUUCUUAAAACCCAGAAAAAAAGACUUUUAUUCCUUUGAAGUGGAGGAUUGGAAAGGAAGAACCAUGUCCUUGGAGAGAUUCCGAGGCAAAGCAGCCCUGGUUGUAAACGUGGCUAGUUACUGUCCGCACACAGAAAAAAAUUACAUCAUGCUGCAGGAACUCCAGCGAGAGUUUGGAUCAUCCCAUUUCACUGUGCUGGCCUUUCCUUGCAAUCAGUUUGGGCAAAUGGAGCCAGGUCUGAACGACGAGAUCAUUUAUUUUGCUAAAUCGAAUUAUGGAGUGACAUUCCCCAUCUUCAGUAAAAUAAAAGUCCUAGGUUCUGAAGCAUCGCCAGCUUUUAAAUUUCUAAUAGAUACUUCUAAAACGGAACCUAAGUGGAAUUUCUGGAAAUAUCUCAUCAGCCCUGAAGGUAAAGUCUUGAAAUACCUGAAGCCUGAAGAACCCAUAGAAAACAUCAAGCAGGAUAUAGCCGCUCUGAUUAGGGAGAUCAUUAUAAAAAAGAGGGAAGACCUUUGAGGAAAUUGCUGUGCCUUGUGGAUCCUAUGAAGCGGUAUAUAAGUCUAAUAAAUAAAUAAAUAAAUCCACUAGGCAACUUCGCCAUCCAGCCUUAGUACAUUCCUGCUCAAAUAUGGCAAACGCUGAGCUAUCAAUCAUCUUUCUUGACAUUUAAUGCCAUGACAAACUGAGAAACAGAACUUUCUUUUCUGUUUAGAACUACGAAGGAUGCUGAGAGCAAAAGAAGUCAAGACUUUAAUACAGGGGUGGGCUUCAAAAAUUUCAGCCAUAGGUUCUUUGCUUGGUUGCUGGUUGGGCGUGCCUCCUGCACCAUGGUGGAUGAGGCGUUUUCGCCUUCCCCAGGAUCUGGAGGCUUUCCUCGAGUCUCUGGGAGGGCAAAAACUGCCUCCCCCAGGCUAUACGGUAGGGUUUUAAAGUUUUGAGGAGAAACACUGGCCUAAGCACUGCUGAAUUUGUUCUGACUGUUCUAUGAUGGUAAAGCUUUAAUGAAAGGGGAAAGUUUAGCAAUAAUCCAAAUAUUAAUACUGAAUCUCUGGAUAAUCCUUGUCCUUAAGCAGCCCAAUCAAUAAAACACCUUAUAUACAGGUAAUCCUAAUCUACAAGCACAAUUGAGCCGAAAAUUUCUGUUGCUAAGUGAGACAGUUGUUAAGUAA